AGCGGGGUGUGGCAGUGCCAGGGGACCCCGGCGGCCCGGUUCCUCGGUCCGUUCAUCAAGUUGUACCUGCAGACGGUUCAUCUAGAGUCAUAGUGCACGUGGACCUCGAUUGCUUUUACGCACAAGUAGAAAUGAUCUUAAAUCCAGAACUAAAGGACAAGCCUUUAGGGGUGCAGCAGAAAUAUUUGGUGGUUACUUGUAACUAUGAAGCGAGGAAACUUGGAGUUAAGAAAGUUAUGAGUGUCAGAGAUGCAAAAGAAAGAUGUCCACAGCUGGUAUUAGUUAAUGGAGAAGACUUGACACGUUAUAGAGAGAUGUCGUACAAGGUUACAGAGUUGUUAGAAGAAUUCAGUCCGUUUGUUGAGAGACUGGGAUUCGAUGAAAAUUUCGUGGACAUCACUGAUAUUGUUGAGAAGAGACUGCAGCAGCUUCAGUGUGAUGAGCUUUCAACAAUGGCUGUGUCCGGCCACGUGUACAAUAAUCAGUCUGUCAACCUGCAUGACGUCGCACACUGCAGACUGCUCCUGGGCUCGCAGGUUGCCGCCGAGAUGCGCGAGGCCAUGUACAGUCAGCUGGGACUCACGGGCUGUGCCGGCGUGGCUUCGAAUAAACUACUGGCAAAAUUGGUUUCUGGCACCUUUAAGCCAAAUCAACAAACAGUCUUACUACCUGAAAGUUCUCAAGAUCUGAUUCAGAGUUUGAAGCACAUCAAGGAAUUGCCUGGUAUUGGCUAUAAAACCACCAAACGUCUUGAAGCUCUGGGUAUCAGUAGUUUGCAUGACCUUCAGACCUUUUCGUCCAAAAUAUUAGAAAAGGAAUUAGGAAUUUCAGUUGCUCACCGUAUUCAGAAACUCAGUUUCGGAGAGGAUAAUACCCCUGUGACACCCUCAGGACCACCUCAGUCUUUCAGUGAAGAGGAUUCAUUUAAAAAAUGUUCAUCAGAAAUUGAAGCUAAACAGAAGAUUGAAGAACUACUUGCUAGUCUUUUAAACAGAGUGCGCCAAGACGGAAGGAAGCCACACACGGUGCGACUGGCGCUGCGCCGGCACGCCACGGAGAAUCACUGGAGCCGCGAGAGCCGGCAGCGCGCCCUGCCAGCCCACGUGGUGCAGAAGUUCGGGGCAGGAAAUGAUGAUGUGAUGACCCCCGUGGUUGAAAUACUUAUGAAGCUUUUUCGGGAUAUGGUGAAUGUGAAGAUGCCCUUCCAUCUUACUCUCCUAAGUGUGUGCUUCUGCAACCUUAAAGCACUAAAUACUUCUAACAAGGGGACUAUUGACUACUAUUUAACAUCAUCAUCGUCAUCAGCCUCUUGUUCUGGCAAGCGCAGUUUUAAAAUGAGUGACACCCAUAUGGAAGAUUUUUCCAAAGACAAAGGAACAAGUUGGGGAUUUCUGCCUCCUGGAAGAAUUGAAAGUACAAAAACUGGAGAGUCUGUGCUUGAAUCUACCACCUUUUCUAAAGAAAAAGACAGCAGUGAAUUACCACUCGGCUCCCUUCCUGAGGGAAUUGAUGAGGAAGUCUUCAAGCAGCUCCCAGUAGAUAUUCAAGAAGAAAUCCUUACUGGAAAAUCUCAAGAAAAAGUUCAAUUGAAAGCAGGUCCGAGGUGUUCGUUGCCUGCCUCUAGGGGAAUUUUAUCUUUCUUUUCUACAAAGAAGGUGCAAGAAAGUCCUUUAAACCGUAGGGAUCAUUUGUCCAAUAACCAGCAGAUGUCCACUGUGUCUAUCUGUGAACCAGGAACAUCGGGCUUAAAUAGCAGUAAUUCCUCAGACUUGUCUAACCCAAAGGAUUAUUCGUCCUAUUUAGACAGUAGACUCAAAGGGGAUCGAGUGAGUCCAGGCGCUGAAGAAUCUCCAGGAUCUCCUCUUUCGGCCACAAACCCUGCUGUCUCUGUUUAUCAUACUACACUGGAUUUGCAGAGUGAGCAACUUUCCCCCUCAAACUGCACUGCAGACAGCCCAGAGCGGCUGAGAGCCAGCGUCUCUCAUCACCGUGGAACUGCAGGACACGGAGAGCAAGAGCCGACUAAAGAGAAAAUCACUUUUCCUUCUGGUAUUGAUCCUGAAGUUUUUCAUGAACUGCCAGAAGAGGUACAGAAAGAACUGCUGGCAGAGUGGAAAAGAGCAGGAUCAGAUUUCCGCUUUGUACAGAAAAACAAAUCUCAUAUUCAGAAAAAAAACUCUUAGAAAGUGAUGGCAAGAUCUGUGCUCUCAGAUGAGUCUGUUCUCAAUCUAGAAGGAACUCUUCAUACAGGCAUAUUAAGGGAACGGCAGUCACCAGAAAUAGAAGGCAGUAGAUUUUUAACAAUGCUUGAUAAUAGAAAUUCAUAUGGAUUCGAUAUUUUGCAUUUUUCCUGUAUUUUAGAGAUGAGAUUUAGACAGUCAGAAUCACAAUUGUACAAGUCACUAAAUUGAUGAAUCUUCUCCCAUUGUUAUCACUGCCUUUUCCUUUGGCCUGCCAGAUUAAAAAUAUGAGAUUCCGGACUUUUUAUAAUUUGCAAGACAGAAGUAUGCAACUGAAGUAUCCUGUAGGACUUGUAUUUCUGAGGGAUCCUUGUUGUCAAGUUUAUAGACUUUGCCAGGAUAAUCUAAAGACUUGCUCAGUCUAAGGUGCAGAAAUACAAGCUCUAAAGUAGCUUUAGAGCAAGCACUACUAGAAAGCCCUCCACAGAGAUCUACCCAGCCCACAUUUGGUUUUGCUUGCUGUGAUGUUUUCCCUGGAGACUGAACCAGUUCACACUCCCGCCAGCA